AUGUCCCUGGACCAGGCGCAGAUCAAGCAGGAGCUGACGCUGCCCCCGGGCCUGGCUAAACCCGGCCUGGCCAAACCCGGCCCGUGCCCGCCGCACCCCCAAAUCCCGGGAAAAGAGACCCCAGAGACCGGGAAAGGGGAAGCUCCGCUGGCACAGCAGCAGCAGCAGCAGCAGCAAAUCCAAUUCCCUCCGACAUUCCAGGCCGAGGAGGAGAAAUCCGGCCGGGAAGGGAUCCUGGAGGAGAGGGAGGCCAAGGAGAUCCCGGUCCAGGAAAAACAGCAGGAAUGCCAGGAGAUCCCGGUGUCUGUCCCAGAAAAAACAGCAGUCCAAGGAGAUCCCGAAAAACAGCAGGAAUGCAAGGAAAUCCCGGUGUCCAUCCCUGAAAAACAGCAGGAAUGCCAGGAAAUCCCGGUGUCCAUCCCAGAAAAACAGCAGGAAUGCAAGGAAAUCCCGGUGUCCAUCCCAGAAAAACAGCAGGAAUGCAAGGAAAUCCCGGUGUCCAUCCCAGAAAAACAGCAGGAAUGCCAGGAAAUCCCGGUGUCCAUCCCAGAAAAACAGCAGGAAUGCCAAGAAAUCCCGGUGUCCGUCCCUGAUCCACUCCCUGACCCCGUCCCGUGUUCCCAGGAGAAGCAGCAGUGCCGGGAAAUCCCGGUGUCCAUCCCAGAAAAGCAGGAAUGCGAACAAAUCCCGGUGUCCAUCCCAGAAAAGCAGGAAUGCGAACAAAUCCCGGUGUCCAUCCCAGAAAAGCAGGAAUGCCAGGACACCCCAGUCCCGACCCCAGUUUCGUGCCCCGAACCCGCCCAGUGUUCCCAGGAAAAGCAGGAAUUCCAGGAAAUCCCGGUGUCCGUCCCAGAAAAACAGCAGGAAUUCCAGGACACCCCUGUCCCCAUCCCACUCCCAGACCCAGUCCCGUCUUCCCAGGAAAAGCAGGAAUUCCAGGAGAUCCCGGUGCCCACCCCGUGCUCCCAGGAAAAGCAGGAAUUCCAGGAGAUCCCGGUGCCCGCCCCGUGCUCCCAGGAAAAGCAGGAAUUCCAGGAGAUCCCGGAGCAGCGCUCCCUUCCCGAGAAAUUCCCUCCCCUGGAGCAGCAGCUGGAGCAGCCCGGCCCGUGGCAGAAGUAG